UAAAUAUGAGCUUGUUCUAUUUUUACUUUUAUAGAAAAAUAUACACUCUAACUUGCUGAAAUAUCCAUCUCAUGACAAUCAUGUGAAAGUUCUGAAAUUACUAUAGUAUUUUUAAAAGAGGGAGUAUUAUAUACUGAGCGUUAAGCAUCAAUGUGUGUGGAUAAACUGUACCUCCUACCUGUAGCGUUUGUGGUGCUACUGCCAGUGACUUUCCUAAUCACAUAUGCAAUAGCUGUCAGCGAUGAAGAAGUGGCACCAUUCUUUCCUUUCAUCAGUGAUACUGGGACACUGCCACCAGAAAGUUGUAUAUUUGGACAACUGCUGAACAUUGCUGCUGUUCUCAUUUUAAUCGUCAUUUAUCUGCGAUAUAAACAGAUAACUGCUUACAUUGCCAUCACCAAUUUAACGAGACCCUCCCCUAGGACCAACACUGGCUUCUUCGUCCUCGGUCUUCUGUCUGGGAUAGGUUUGAGUAUCGUAGCAAAUUUUCAGGUCGAAAAUUCAAAAGGUAUUCACAUAGUGGGUGCGGUGCUUGCAUUCAUUGUUGGAGGAGCAUAUUUCUUCACGCAGACGUAUAUUUCCUGGAUAUUUCGAGAUAUCCCCGGAUUCACAAAAACCAUUCUUGUUACACGGCUUGUUAUCUGUAUAUUAUAUGCCUCUUUUUUCAUCAUAGGAGUUGCCACUUUUGUCGUGAGUAAACGUAAAUUAGGAAAACAGAAAAUCUCUACCCGGUUAUGGACAUCCGAUUACAAGGGUUACCCCGAACACGUGGUCUCUUCUGUAGUCGAGUGGUUGGGAAGUUUUCUCAUUUGUGUUUAUGUUGCCACAUUUAUACCUGAGUUCAAACACAUGAGAUUGGAAACAAAAUGGCAAUUGGAACUUGCCACCGGUGAGUUACAGCCUGUUGUGUAAGGAAAAUAGCAGUUAACCAGAAUAAAGAGAUAUUCCCAUCGGAGAUCCAUCUUUCAGGAAAAUACCAAUGAAGCACAUUAAGAAUAAAGAGACCUUUUCCACCGGAGAUCCAGGGUUAUACAGACACAUCUUAAAACAUCAUAUCAACAUGGCAUAUCUUCAACAUCUUACAGAUUCAUCUUCAUAGGGUGUUAAAUGUAGGAACGAUCAGCACUAUGUACAUGUACCAUUCAAUGAGAAAUUGCUUGCUAUUUUACAAAAUGGCUUUCGUAUGAGUUGUAUUCAUAGGCACCUGACGCCAUUUAUUUUUCUUUUAAUAAAAAAAUAAGGGUACUUUUUUUAAAUAGAAAAAUAAGUAACACACGUCAGGUGCCUGUUGUUGUAUUCUAGAUCAUUAGGUAGAGUAUGUUUAUUAACUGUGUGAUAUUGUGGUGGUACAGAUACUAAUAUACUUAAUUUAUUCCAAUCAUUAUUUUUAUCAAGAGACUGCAUGCCUCAAGAUGAACAUUCAUUGUCAUUACCGGCCUUUUUGUCUCAAAUAAGCCUAUAACAACUACUAUAUAUAAUAUGUGUAUUGGAACAUCAAUGGUCGAAGCUUUUACAUUUGAAUCAUGAAUAUAAUGAAAAGAAUAUCGCAAGAAGAUAUCUUACUGGUAUUUUUUAUGUCUAUAUGAGCAAAACAUACAAAUAUUGUACAAUAUUUGUUAUUUCUUUAGGGUUCCAUAAUUAUUAGCAUUCUUGCAUGCAUCCUUCAUAA